GUUUCUUACCCCGAUACGGAGCCGCCGAGCGGGAAAGCGAGGUGGAGCAAACGAUGGUGUCACAGUGGUUGCAAAUACAGCGUGAACUAAGCUUGAGGAAACUAAUAGAGGGUUCAGAGUAUCAAGAGGAACUGAAGUAUGACUUCAAUAUAAAAGGGGAGUUGAGGCACCUGGAUACAAACGAGUCCUUUGUUUUCAAUUACUACAAGAAUGCACAUGAGCAGAAUCAUAAACGCUAUCAAGUUUUGGUACAUUCGAUUACCCAAUAUGUUUAUGAGCUCCUGGAAAGAGUCUGCAUGCUGCAGAAAGUUUAUAUUCCUACUGACGCUACAGAGGAUGAGCCAAAAAGUUUCUUUUUCAUGAGCAAGAAUGCACUAACAAGUUCCUCUAACUUAAUUGUCCUUCUUCAAGACAGUGGAGUUUUCCGUGCAGGACAGUGGGGGCAAAAGAUGAUUGUCAGCGAGGGCCUGAGGUGUGGAACACAAAUACCAUUCAUCAAAAUGGCCCUUGAAAGCCACGGGGGAGUAAUUGUACUGAAUCCCAAUGACAACUUUGCUGAUCUGAAGACUGAAAAAAAGAGGUUAAGCUUUUCUACCAGGGAAGAAUCACUGAUUUCUACAAAAAUCAUUGCCAAGAGGGGUAGCAGCAGCCCCGAGGAGCACACCAGGUACGUGUGGGAUCAUUUCAUUUCAGAGAGCACAGCCAUGAAUGUGGCCUUCAUUGCCCACGGCUACGGUGGCCUGGUGUUUGUUGAUCUGUUGGUGCAGAGAAAACAGGAGGUAAUGAACAAAGUGUACUCUGUGGCAUUCAUCGACUCCAUGCACAACACACAGCACCAGACUAGAGGUGAUCCACAAAUACAAGAAUGGAUACAGAAAUACUGCUAUGAAUGGGUGUCAAACAGUAAGCCUUUAGAUAAAGCUGUGGGUUCUCUCAGUAAAGUUAACUGUCCUACUGUCUCUGCUGGAACAGAAAAGUAUGGUUUAGCACCCUCCUGCUGCUUACGUGCCAUCUUUAAGUACUUGAACAGCAUGCUGAAAGCCAAGACCACAACAUCCUUUAGGUAUUCACCUGUUAGAACCAGAAGCAGCACAAGUAAGAAGAGAGGCAAUAAAUAAAGGUAUACUGAUUUCUUCUCGAUAGUGGUGUCUUCCUUUCAUAACUGUCCCUGCACUUUUCAGUCAUCUAAGGACCUUCAUCUCACUGUGGAGCAACUUACAGUUCCAAGUUUGAAGCUGAGUUUGUUUGGUUUUAAGAAACACAGAAAUACAAGUUAACUAUUAGGAAAGAAGUGCAUUGUUGAAAGCUUUAAGCUACAACCCUUCAGCUAGCUGUGAAAUUUAAAGUUGCACAAAAUAAAAAUGUUAAGGUGUACCAACUCUCACCUGUAUCAUUCUUUAAACAUUUUGCAGUUAUGGUUCUCUAAUCAGACUAAGCUAUCAGGAAAACACUUGUUUCUUAUGGGCAUAAGCUUUCAUUAAAAGGCAAACUGGAAAACAGAAAGCAUGUAAAGGAUCUAUUUCCUCCCCACCAUAUACCAUACAGUGUUUAAAAUCUUUAAAGAGUUGGAACACCCACCUUCCUCUUUGAAAUGUUUACUUCUAAGUUGAAUGAUACUUCAGGGAACUAUGUACAGCUGCCUUCCCUCCAGAGAUGGUGUGCCCAAAACAUGAUACAAGAAGCUAAAAUAACUUCCAUUUUAAAGUUAGCUAAGCCAGUGAGGUUA